UUGGCUAACCAGUCGCAGAAGAGAAUCCCGCGAAGUAAGAAUGCUCCAAACUAGCCGGUGUCGAUCGUCUUCCUGCUCGUCCGUAAGCUGCGUUAAGUUGUGAUAAUUUGAAUUAACCAUAAAAACCAAAUAUUCUCACUUGAGAUGCGCUGGGUUUGAAAGAACGGAUCGCGGAAAGAUUAGCGAUCGAACGAAUUUUAUGUGAGUUCAAAGAGUUCGGUGAUGUGUUGUUUGUUUGAAAAUUUGUUUACGAUUAUUGUGAAGACAAAUCGCUGUGUGGAUCGCUAACUUCAGUGCUUUGAUCGUGUUAUUCCAAAUUGUGAUAUCUUGGUGCCAUAUGUGGGAAACCGAAACACGAAAUGCGAAGGCUCACGUGUGAUUCAUUGCGGGCCUGAUAAAAAUCGUUCCACUCGGUAGCGCAUCCGAGCCGAGAAACCGUCUUCCAAACAGCUGAAAACGAUUGGACCCCGCAGCACAAUUAGUUUAUUCGGUCGAACACAGAUGUGAGAUAGGAGGAAAGAAAUAACUGCAACUACAGGAAAGAGAAUACAAUACGUAUAUUGGACGACCUUAGCCUUAUUAGUAGGUUUGGUGCGGUGCGGUGACGGAAUAGUUCCAACGAGUCCACUUGAAUCGAAGGUAGAAGAUUAGGCGCGCUCCAUAGCACCAAAUAUCCUCAAGCACCUUGCCGGAAAUGAAGCCACACCAUGAGAUGGAUACGUCCGGGUACAUCAAUGAAGAUGAUGAAUUGAAUCCGGUUUUGGAAGAAGAAGAAGAAGAAGAAGGAGGAGGAGGUCAACUGAAAUCCAAAAAUGGACAGAAAUAUAUCAUCAACCGGACCCCUCGUGGCAAGUACGUACCGACCUGGUGCUGGUACUUUACCAUAUUUUUACUUACGGCGCUGGUACUACUAUCGACCCUACUGCUAGUGCUAUUGAUUAAUCAACCACGGUUUUGCUGGUCCGAGAGUGACAAUGCGAACGGAAACACAUCCGCACUCGUCGAAGGGAAUGUCUUAACCAGCAACGGACACGGUCGGACCGGUAUUGGUAGCACAAAAAAGUGCUCCCAUGAUCCUAGGCUCAACACGGUUCCGGCUGCGGGUGGUGACACCUAUGCCGCCGCCAAUGAAGACUACGUUGAUGACGACGGCGACAGACGUUUUAUGGCCGAUAAUGACGAACAGGAUCUCAUCGUGCGGAACAGCGGCUGGAGCCCGGUGCAUUACAAGUUAACAAUAGAACCAAAUUUCGUGAACUCAAUCAACAAUGGAACGGUAGUCAUAAAUGUUCGCCGGGAUUCACCCGCUAAAGCAAAGCUGUUGCCAGUAGUGCUGGACAUAAAUCAAAUUGAGAUCCUAGCUUCGACAGUGCUGGAUCACAACAAUAAAGACAUCGCGUAUGACGCGUUCUACGGUAGAAACAAUCUUUCCUACACAAUAGUGCUGAAAGAGCGAGAUGAGGUUAUAGAAAAUAUCACAAUCAUACUUGACUUCGAAAGCAAACUCAGUGAUACUUUGCAAGGCUUCUACAAGGGGCGAUUCCAUGAUGCAGAAACCGGCAAACAAAGCUGGUUUGCCAGUACCCAGUUCUCUCCGAUUGAUGCCCGUCGGGCUUUCCCGUGCUUCGACAGUCCGGACAUGAAGGCAACGUUCGAGAUAUCACUGGUCCAUUCGGACGACAAGGAAAUGUUUCUAUCGAACACGGAUCACAUUCGGACGUCCAUCGCCCGGCCCGGUUAUCUGCGGGAAGAUUUCGAAGUAACGCCCCGAAUGAGUACCUACCUGGUGGCAUUCAUCGUUUCCGAUUUGAAGCUUGUCCAGCGUUCGCAAGGAUUCACUCCGCAGAUCAACAUUUGGAGUCGUGCUGAGGUUGGCAAGAUGACUGGCUACGUUCAACGGUUGGUUGUCAAAAUUUUGCCAUUUUUGGAGGAAUACUUUGAUUUGAAGUUCGGCAUGAAGAAGAUCGAUAUGGUGGCGGUGCCGGACUUUGGGUUCAGUGCCAUGGAAAAUUGGGGAUUGAUUACGUUCCGAGAGUCUGCCUUUUUAGUACCGGAGGAUAAUAAUAGAAGUUCAUCGGCAAGGCACAUGGAAAGAGUGGCAUCAGUUGUGGCACACGAACUGGCCCAUCAAUGGUUCGGAAAUCUGGUGACUCCGCGCUGGUGGAACGAUCUUUGGUUGAAGGAAGGUUUUGCGACUUACAUGAGCUACGAGUGUUUAAAUUUUGUCGAGAAAAGAUGGCACAUCUUCGAAUCGUUUGUUCAGAAUGAACUACAGAAAGCGUUCCAGAAGGACUCGGAUCGAAAUGCUCAUCCGAUAUCGUUUCCGGUUAAUCAUGGUUCGGACAUUCGAAGAAUUUUCGAUCCGAUCACCUACUCCAAGGGAGCUUCGAUCAUAAGAAUGAUGAACAGCUUUUUAGGUCGGGACGCAUUCAAAGCGGGCAUAACGCAGUACCUAAAACAGUACCAGUAUGACAACGCUGAUCAGGAAGAUUUAUGGGAGAUCCUGACGGAACAUGGCCAUAGCCACAGGACGCUUCCGAGCACGCUGGAUGUGAAACAGAUCAUGGACACGUGGACUUUACAGCCGGGAUAUCCCGUAAUAACUGCUGAAAGGCUCGGUGAAAAAUUGUUGAGAAUCUCACAGCAACGGUUCAUGCUCCCGACGAAGGAUGAAUCGGACACAACCCGGUGGUACGUUCCGAUCACUAUAGUCACCGAAUCGGCACCGACCGAUACCAUUCCGUCGAUUUGGCUGAGCUACGACAAUGCAUCCAUUGAAGUGGAAAUCGAAGCAGAUUCUGCUGAUUUCUUCUAUCUGAACUUCGAUCGAUCCGGGUACUAUCGAGUCAAUUACGACUAUGCAUCGUGGAAGAGACUAACGCACAAUUUCGCCCAACUUCCGCCUUUAACUAGAUCACAGUUGAUCGACGAUGCAUUCAAUCUGGCCCGGGCGGAAUUCAUUCAGUACGAUAUACCGCUUACGCUGAUCCUGAUUCUGUCCCGGUAUCCGUUCGACAUUCCCGCGUGGUCUUCUCUGAGCAAGGGGCUGGUCUUUCUGGACGAUAUGAUGGCUCGUGAGCCAGCAUAUGAAAGCUUCCUGGCCGUCAUGCGAUCCGUCAUCAGAAAGUCAUUCGAUGAACUGGGUUUCGAUGAUCACCCGGAAGACGAUCAUUUGCAGGUGAUGCACCGUGAGCGGAUCGUCGGACUGGCUUGUAGAUUCGGAAUCGAUAAAUGUUCGGUUCGCGCCCAAACACUGUUCCGGCGUUGGAUGACCGACCACAGAGACAACAAAAUCCCACCGAACCUGAAACAGGUAAUCUAUUGUACUUCGUUACGAGAUGGAGGCGUUCCGGAGUGGAACUUCGCCUACAAACAGUAUAGAGAGACGGAUUCGGCGUCCGAAAAAGAACUGAUACUUAGUGCCCUUGGAUGCACGGUGAAACCGUGGCUACUGUCGAAGUAUUUGAACAUGACCCUGGAGUCGUCGUCGGGAAUAUUGAAACAGGAUGGCGCAAGGGCUUUCCAAGCCGUCGCUAAGAAUCAUGCCGGAAACGAUAUUGCCUUUAAUUUCCUGUACGAAAACAUCGAGCAAAUUACCAAAUAUUACGGCGAUGGAUUUUCAACGUUGAGUAAAAUGAUUGAUACCGUGUCGUAUUUGAUGAACCAAAAGAACCACAAGGAACAGUUCGAUCGGUUCGGGCGCAAAGCGCGCAAACUGGGCCUGCAAACGAUCGAGAAAAGCAUCCACCUGGCGGAGGAGCAAAUCCUGAACAAUAUCUACUGGAGGUCACGGUCGUACUACAAACUGCAGGAGUUUUUGAAUCAACUGAUUCAGGACUUGAACAUGAAUAUGUAUUAGACAGAGCUGAGUGAUUUGCGAACCAUUUCGUUCCAAAACAAACAAGUAGUAGCAUCCACUAUUAGAAUGUAAAUAGAUAUGAUAACAAAUUGUUGUUUUCGUUGAUCGAGCAGGGAUCCUAUAGAUAAGCCUCGCAAAUUAAGAUGUAUCAGCUUUCAAGCAUAGCUCAGAGACGUGCGUAGGCAAAUACUAUCGAUGUAUUUUUUUAAUAGAAGAAAACUACAAAAAAAGGUUAGGAUUUACUGCUUUUCUGGCUGUGUUGAAAGAAAAAAAUUUACGUCGCUGACAACGCCCUCUGUUGGUCGUCGUCGUAAACGAAUGGCUACUACUUACCCAUGCAGUUCUAGUUGAAGUUUGUAUGCGGUCACUAUCAGUAUUUAUUAGUUUCAUCAAUAACUUAUGUGAAUGCGAUAAAAUGUACGGAAUUAGCAAGUUGAUAACAGUCUGCUAGAAUAAUAGUUUUCUCAAAGAAAUAAGCUAAGGAACGUUUGCCAUAUUUUAUGUUGUAGCUGUAGUUAGAGGUCGGAGUAUGACGAGCUGCGUGAAACUGUUUCCGAAUCGAAAUAAAGUAAAAUGAAUCCAAAAAUUGCGA